GGAACACGCGAAAGGGUUGCUGCGAGCUAAAUGAAAGAGGUUAUCGAUGGCCGUAGCCGCAAAAUAACUUUCGAUUCAUGUUUUGCUUUCAUUAAGUAAAUGGCGACAGCUGCUAACAUCACGCCCCUGAGCCGAAGACCGAUGAGUACCUCUAGUUCCAGUUCCAGUAGAAUAUCUUCAGUCCUGAACACCAAUGAGUGUGUACCAAGGUGUCAUGAACACAGUGAUUUUCAAAAGAUGGAAACACAGAAUUAUGACAAAACCAAUGACUCUGGUGAGUUACAUUUUCCGAAUUUGGUGGACCUUCGACAAGUGACAGUACUUCCAAAAGCAGAAUGGCAACGAAUCCAGGAUAACUUGAAUAACGUAAAUAAAGAAGCAGAAUUUAUACGUGCUCAAAAGGAAGACAAAGAAGCCUUACAUUUAAAAUCUAAAGAAGUGACUAAAUACUGGACAAAUACCAUUGCAGGACAAAGGCAAAAAAGGCUCGAUGCAAGAAAACUGCGUCAAGAAAAGGAAGAAGAAGAGAGGAAACAAAUUGAUAUAGAGGAAGCAAAGUAUAUGGCACAAAAAAGAAAAGAAAGUCUAGAGCGAGCUAAAACACUGCUUUUCUAUCAAACUGACAGAGUGAAAGGACUAAAUGCUGCACUGAUGCUCACUGAAGCCCUGAAAGAACGUGAAGCACAGAUUGAACUAAAGAGAAAAAAAAAUAAUCUUCAUGAAAGAGAAGAGAAAAGCUAUAUGGAGGAAAUUCAACGUCGAAUUAACUUGGGUGAGGAUGAGGAAUAUCAAAAAUUAAUGAAAGAUAAAGAAAAGAGAAAGGCCCUUGCUGAAUUUCAUCGACAGCAAAUAAAGGAAAAUGCACAUUUAAAAGAACUGGAAAAACAACAAUAUAUAAAGGAGGGAGAAGAAAUUAAGAAAUUAGCUCAUCUGUAUCAGUGGGAGCUCAAUAAAAUUGAACAACUGAAGAGCCAAGAAAAACACAACAAUAUGAUGAAUCAUAAGGCACAUGUUGCAAACCUGAAGAUCAUAAAAGCACUAGAAAACCAAAAAGAAGAAUUGGAAGAUGAAAAUAUCAGACUAUUCGUUUCAGCAAAACAACAAAUGUUAAAACUUAGAAAAAAACGGCAAGCAGAAAUAGAUAAGGAGAAAGAGGAUCAUAGAAAACUGAUGGUAAGACUAAUAAGUGAACAGAUGAAAGAAGAAGUGCAGGAUGAAACACACCGCAUUGCCAAGGCUGCAGAAGAGAUGGAAGCUAAAAGACAGAUGGAAAUUAAGCAAAAGGAGGAAAAAACAAUGGCAGAUUUGAAGGCAAUUGAAGAAUACAGACUUAUGAUGAUGAAGAAGCGUGAGGAGAAGGAAAAGGAAGAAAAAAUACAAGCAUUAGAAGCUCUUCAUGCCAGGAUUGAAGCAGAUAAUUUAAACCAUGAACAAGACAAGAAAAAGAAGUUAAAAGCCCGAGAAGAGGGUGAGGGUGUGCAAGCCUUCCUUGUUGAACAAAUGGCAGAAAAAAAAGCAAAGGCAUUACGUGAUCGUGCUGCUGAACUGGAGCACAAACAAAAAAGCUUAGCUCUACUUGAAAUGGAAAAGAAAGAAUUUGAAGAAUAUGCACAACAAAUUAUAGAGGCAGCUGCAAAAAAAGGCCGAAAUAUUUAUCCACUUCUUAAAGCUGCUCACCAAGGCAUUGGGGGUGGACGUGGUCCAGUGUUAAUUGACGAAAGUGGGAUAAGACCUAGUUAUCAGGUCAAGGACACCUCUGGAAUUCAACUUCCAAAUUAUAAACGCAGUACAACUGAGGCAAUUAAGAAUUUACAUGAUAAAUGUGAUAUUGAGAAAUCCAAGAAAUCACUAGGUUUUACAUGGUAA